UAUUAAAUACAGACGAUGUUUGACAAAUUGAGCUGUAUAUUGUGCUUAGAAAAUAUAUCUAAUAGGGAAAUAGAUAUCGACUCCACUGAGCCUCAGGCAGUGAACGUACGCGAUGUAAUUAAACAACAUUUUAAGGAGGAAGUGCUCACCGCCAUGCCAUUAUUAAUCAACAAAGUUGUGUGCCGCCAAUGCUGGGAGUUGGUGCAUUCGUUUCAUGCAUUCUAUGUACGUGUACAGAGCGCACACUUGGCUGCCAGUAUAACGCUCAAGUCUUUACAAGAACUAGAGAUACCCUUUACCGAAAUAAAGGCAUACCCUGAUGCUGUAGACGAAUUAGCUUCACCGCCAACGCCUCUUCAACGCUCACCAAUUGAAUUGGACGAAUUCAAUAUUGAAAUUUAUAAAAACGUAGAGGAUUCAAGGAAUGACAGUGAAUUUAUGCCUGAAACUGUGGAACUUACUUACUCAACCGCUGAUGAUAGUGUUGUAAGUAAUAAAAUGUCUAAGGAUGGUAAAAAAUCUGUAGCGGAAAAAGAGAAAAAGGUACUAACUGAAAAGAAACCCAACCAAAAACGAAAAGAGAAACUAAGCGUUGCAACAUUACAUUCGCCAAACGAGAAGCAGCGACUAAAAACAAGGGAAUAUGAUGAAUUUAUUGAGAAAAAUUUUAAGCUAACUUGUUUUUUAUGUCAAAAAUCUCUAUCAGACUUUAGAGAAUUGAAGUUACACUAUCGUGAAGAACAUAAAACGAAUGGAUAUGUCAAAUGCUGUGGUAAGAAAUUACUCAAACGUGGUGUUCUCGUUGAUCAUAUACGUUUUCACAAUGAUCCGGAUUACUUUAAAUGUCAGCAUUGCGAUAAAGUGUUCUGCGAUCGAGGAAAUCUCGAAUCACAUUUAAAAUAUUUCCACGCUUCCAAGGAACGUACUGCAUAUAAAUGCGAAAUUUGUUCUAAAGAAUUUUACUGGCGUAAAGUACUCGUUCGACAUUAUCAAAUACAUUCCUCCAAAGAAGGAAAGACAGUUAAAUGUACGGAGUGUGAGAAGACGUUCGGAAGUGAAUACAAUAUGAAACAGCACUUAAACCUUUACCAUCUUCGGUUGUAUUCCAAGAUAUGUGAUAUUUGUGGGAAAUCUUUUACUGGCGGUGAAGCUUUCCGACGACAUCAGCGAGAACAUUCCAAUUUACCGAGAUCAAAAGUAAAAUGCGAAAUAUGUGGCGCCGAACUAUUAACAAAAAAUGGUCUUGCACAACACAUUAAAGCAAUGCACACUGAAGAGUACCAAAAACCUCAAACUUGUUCGAUAUGUUCAAAAAUAUCGCCAUCACUUCGAGCUCACACCACACAUUUCAGAUAUAUGCAUGCCACAGAGGAGAAGCAUGUCUGUAAAAUAUGCGAUAAAGCUUUCAAAAGGCCCAAUAAUUUACGUGAACAUAUGGCUACGCACACCCGUGAAGCAUUGUACACCUGCACAUUUUGUCCACAAACGUUCAAAUCGAACGCAAAUAUGUACAAACAUCGAAAACGGAAACAUCCUAAAGAAUGGUCCGAAAAAUGUUUAAAAACGAAUAUAACGCCAAAAAUUGAGAAGCAAAAAUAACAGUGUAAUCUUCAGAAACUUCAAAGAACAUAGUAAAGAUACUACAAUAUUACAAAGGAUUUUCUUUAAUAAAAUAAUUUGUACAUUAGACAAAGUUGGAAAAGUCUAAAUAAAAAAA